AUGGUUCCAAAACCCAGCUGGCAUACGCUGCUAGUACUCGCGUCCCUCGCAAUCACACCCAUCACGGCACACGGCACACAUCAUGUCGGCACUCAAAUCAGCGAACUUCUGUCUCGAAACGAUCUUGACAGUGAUGGCUGCGCCCACCCGAACCUCUGCGUAUGGGGCAACUGCACCGAUGUCACAAUCGGAAUCGACCCAAUGAACUGCGGACGAGCCGGAAACGCUUGCAGCUCUGGAGAGUUGUGUGUCGGAGGAGCUUGCUUGCCUCUCAAAUUCGAACCCACCCUUCCUUGUGGUGCUUCGGGAGACAACUGCCUCCCUGGACAAUGGUGCUAUAAGGGUGCAUGCACACCCAUCCAAGUCGUCACAAACCCCCGUCAUUGCGGCCUGUCUCCAGUGGAAUGCAACGCCGGCGAGCUCUGUGUCAACGUUGUGUGCAUCAAGAUCGACAUCGGAUCCGAUCCCUCCUCCUGUGGCAAGUCUCAGACAGCCUGUAACCCCGGAAACUGGUGCAUGGAUGGUAUCUGCACGCCAUUCGUCCUUGGAACGUCUGCUUCAACAUGCUCAUCCGACAAAAGCUGUUCUCUUGGAGCUCCGUGCCAUGAUGGCGUCUGUCAAUCUUACAAUACUGGCACCGAUCCUUGGAAUUGCGGUGCCGAUCGUCGCCAAUGCUCCGCCGGAGAGCUCUGUGUGUCUGGGAGCUGCAAGCCACUCAACAUCACGACCAACCCCAAAUCUGAAAAGUGUCAUCCAGGCAGCCUAGAAUACGACAGGCACUGUUUGCCUAUACACAUCAGCACCUUCCUGUCCGCGUGCGGGUACAAUAGCCAAGGAUGCAAAAAUGGAGAGGUGUGUGUAUCUGGAGUGUGUGUAAGCGGACUGGAACAUACUGAGGACAUUGCGAUUAUCGGCUGCAGCAAAGGCCCUGGAGAGCCUGACUCGCCUAGUCAUUACGUUCAGUCCGCUGGAUACAGCAACAGUGGAAGUACAAGUAUCGAAGGUACACACAGUGGCAGCGAGAGCGGCGGAAGCAAAGGAAAUGGACACAAAAGCAGUGCAGGCAAAAGCCAUGGAAGCGAAACUUCUGGAAGCAAACACAGUGAAAGCACCAACAGUGGAGGCUCAAUCAACAAUGGCCAUUCAUGGAACAGCCACGGAAAAGGGGACACUCUCCAUUCAUCCAGCAGUGGCAACGGUACUCGGCGACAAAGCUACGGUUGCCCAGCAGGACAAGUCUGUGGUGCCGGCCUUUCCUUCGACAUCUUUGGCGACUCUCAGAACUGCGCAGGUCCAGGAGACGUCUGCCCUGGGAACAACCUGUGCUGCAAUGACACUUGUCUCCCCGUCGACAUUAGCACGAACGCACACCUCUCGGACUGCAAGAACAAUAAAUGCAAGGCCGGAUGCAUUUGCAAAGUUGACCAGACAUGCCGCUCUGUUGUGAUUGAGUUGUUGUCCUCCGCUUGCGAACCAGUGUGUCGCACUGGUGAGAUAUGUGUCUCCGGCACUUGCAUCAACAUCGCUGGUGAUGCUACAGGCUGUGGUAUAUCUGGAUACGCCUGUCCUGCAAACCAUUUUUGCAUUCUAGGGACGUGUAUCCCAGUCGACACCGGUAGCGACCCUAAAAACUGCGGUACUGGGGGACUUACUUGUCCUGCUGGCACGCUUUGCUUCGCCGGAGCCUGCAUCCCCAUUGAGGAGAAUGCGGAGGAGAAGCCUGCCGUCUGCGAUCCAGUCUGCGCCAAAGACCAAAUCUGUGUUAAGGGAUCAUGUCUUGCCAUUCAAGAUCCGGCUUCAUGCAAGGUUCCCAGUGGCGGCUUGUCCAGUCGACAGGACGUCAGUGGAUGCCUCGUCGGUACAAUCUGUGUCGGCGAUCAAUGUGUCAUCGUCGAACCUGCCCUGAACUGCGGAGAUCCCGGGAACGAUUGCCCUGCCGGUAGUGUCUGCAUCAUGCGAGCCUGCGUGCCGACGGAGGAUCCCUCAGGUUGCGGAGUAGGAGGCGCCGUCUGUGAGGUGGAUGAACUCUGCAUAGGCGGUUUCUGCACUCCUAUUCAGACCGCCGGUGAUUGCUAUAAUGUCACCUGCGAAGACGGGGAAGUUUGUGACGACGGCAUUUGCGUUCCGGAGACCAAGCUUGGGUGCACCAAAGAUUCCGAUUGCGUUGGCGAAGAGGUUUGCCAGGACAGUUUCUGCGUGGUUGAGGCCACGUUCCAGCGCCAAGAAUAUGCGGACUGCGAGGAAGGAGAGCUCUGCCAGGACAAUUUCUGCGUCUUAUCCACGGCAUUUGAAUGCACGAGGGACUCGGAGUGCGUUGAUGGAGAGGUUUGCCAGCAGGGUGUCUGCGUGCCAGAUUCUCCGUCCGAGUGUAUAAAGGACUCUGACUGCCUCGACGGGGAGGUGUGCGAAAAGAGUGUCUGCGCCUUGGAUGCCACGGUCGAAUGCGCAAAGGACUCGGACUGUCUUGACAACACGAUCUGCCGGGAGAGUAUCUGCGUGGUGGCUCCCACGUUGUUCGAGUGCACAAAAGACUCGGACUGCCUCGGCGAAGAGAUGUGCCAGAAGAAUGUGUGCGUGGUAGCUCCGGAGUCAUCUGAGUGCACCAAAGAUUCAGACUGCAUUAGGGGACAGUUGUGUGAGAAAGGCUUCUGCGUGGUAGCUCCCACAUCUCUCGAAUGCGAGAAAGAUUCAGACUGCCUCGACGGAGAGGUGUGCGAGGAGAGUGUCUGCGUAGUAGCCCCCACGUCAUCUGAGUGCACCAAAGACUCAGAUUGCACUGAUGGAGAGGUGUGCGAGAAAGGGUUCCGUGUUCUCGUUCCCACGUCGCUCCCAUGCACACAAGAUGCUGACUGUCUUGACGGGGAGACAUGUCAAGACAGCGUCUGUGUGAUAAAUGUUGAAUGCGGAAAGGAUUCAGACUGCACUGAUGGUGAGGUGUGUGAGAAAGGCUUUUGCGCUCUCGCUCCCAGUGUCAAGUGCACAACCGACUCCGAAUGUGAUACGGGAGAAGUUUGCGAUAAAGGUCUCUGCGUGCUCGCUCCAGUACCAAAUGCACAGCUGACUCUCAGUGUGCUACGGGAGAGGUCUGCGAGAAAGGAUCCUGCGUACCAGCUCCACGUAUCCCAUGCACAUCAGAUCCCGACUGCCCCAGCGGCGAACAGUGUGUGGAUGGAGUGUGCUCUCCAGAGGCUUGCGGGUGCGCUUCUGAUUCCGACUGCGCUUGUGUCAUUGACCUGGAUUGCAUCGGUGUUGAGCGCUGUCAGGGGAGAGUAUGCACUUGCGUCGCGGAAACCUGCAUCGCCUCAGAGGAAAUCGGUUGCACCAGCGACGACGACUGCGACUCUGGCAGCACUUGUACUGAUGAGAUCUGCGUGCCGAUUACGGGAUGUUCCAACGACGACGAUUGCCCGGAUUCUAGUACUUGCAAUCAAUCGACAGGCCAAUGCGAACCUGGGACACCCGAGACGCCUGACUGUACGGCGGAUGCCCAAUGCCAGCAAGAGCUUGUUUGCAAGUCUGGUAAAUGCGUUCCGGAAUGUAUCAGCGAUUCCGAUUGCUCUGGCGGUCUUUCUUGUGUCGACAACAGAUGCAGCGAUCCUGUUCCAGAUUGUUGUGAAACGGAUAGCGAAUGUGCCGCUGGCUUUUUCUGUCGAGUGCACCAGCGAUACCGAUUGCUCUGAUGGUCUUUCUUGCAUCGACAGUAGAUGCAGCGCCCCGGAUCCGCAAAUUUGCUCAACCGACAGCGACUGUGAUGCUGGCUAUACCUGUGUUAACAGCGCAUAUGCAGCACCCCGGAUCCGCAAAGUUGCUCGACCGAUAGCGACUGUGAUACUGGCUUUACCUGUGUCGACAGCAGAUGCAUCGCCACUGAUUCGGGAAGCUGUUCAACCGAUAGUGAUUGUGAUACUGGCCUCAACUGUGUCGACGGUACGUGUAUCGUCCCCGAUUCAGAAGAUUGUUCGACCGAUAGCGACUGUAACGCCGGCUUCAACUGUGUCGACAACACAUGCAUCAUCCCUGAUCCAGGCACUUGUUCCGCCGACAGUGACUGUCAACCUGGAUCUACUUGCGUCGGCAACACAUGCAUUCUUUCCAAUUCACCUUGCUCAAUUGACACCGACUGUCAGGCUGGAUUUAAUUGUAUCAGCGACGUAUGCCUUGCGUCUAGUUCGGGGUGUUCAGCUGACAGCGACUGCGAUUCUGGCUCUAUUUGCGAGAACAGCUCAUGUGUUCCGGAGCCGCAGUCCUGUUCCCUCGACUCCGACUGCGGUCCAAGUACUUUCUGUCAGAACGGCGUCUGUACCCCUGAUCCAAACAGUUGCUCAGCUGACAGCGACUGUCAAGUUGGAUCUACUUGCGUCGGCAACACAUGCAUUGUUUCUGAUCCACCUUGUUCAGCUGACAGCGACUGCGGUACAGGUGAUGUCUGUCAAAACGGCGUUUGUACCACACCCGAUCCGAACAGUUGUUCAAUUGACUUCAACUGCGGCGUUGGAGCCUUCUGUCUUCGGGUCCAUUGCUACGUCACCGGUGUUGAAGCGUGUAGCGCGGACAACGACUGCGUGUCUGGUUCUAUUUGCACCAGCAACACAUGCUUCGAUCCAGUAA